UGAAAAAGGGAAGUCGAAACUCAAACUUCAAAGGAUAAAAAGGAUUAAAUUAUUUCAAUUUUCAAAUCACAUACAAAUCAUUAAUCUGAUUUACAUAUCUGUGAAUUGUGUAAAUUUUAUAGAACUCAAAGCUGUGUAUAAAAAUAAAAAUGGCUAACGAUCCUGAAAGAUUUGAUACAAUGUUAUUAGCGAUGGCACAACAACACGAAGGAGGUGUAAAAGAGUUAUUGGAUACAAUUGUAGGAUUUUUAGCUAGAAAAACUGACUUCUUUGUUGGUGGAAAAGAAGGAGAAUGGGAAAAGGUAGUAAAAGAUAUCUUCUAUAAACAUUCCGCAAAAGCCAGAGAGGAGGCAGACAAAAUUAGGAAAGAAAAAGAGGAAGCGGACAGGAGAUUGAAAGAAAUACAACAAAAGAAAGAGCAAGAACGUCUCGCUAAGGACUUUGAGCCAGCUACGGUGACUGAACUUACUGAUAAAGAAGCAGAAUUGAUGCAAGAAGAUAUUGAGAAAGACAAAAAAACAAAAACAGAAAACGGCAGCGGAGACAGUGCAGAUGUAGCGGAACCAUCAACCACAGCAGCAGAUGAUGAUGAGGAUGACCCCAAAGAGAAGGGCAAGCUUAAACCCAAUGCUGGCAACGGAUGUGACUUGGAACACUAUAGGUGGACGCAGACACUUGAAGAAGUCGAGUUGCGGGUACCUCUUCGGCAAGUAUUGCGUCCUCGUGAUUUGACAGUGGUAAUAAGCAAGCGUCAUCUGAAGGUCGGCAUCAAGGGCCAACCCCUUAUCAUUGAUGAAGAACUCGACGCGGACGUCAAGAUUGAAGAAUCGACGUGGGUGCUGCAGGACGGAAGGAACUUACUCGUCAAUUUAGAAAAGGUUAACAAAAUGAAUUGGUGGGGCCGUUUAGUGACGACAGAUCCAGAAAUAUCUACUAGGAAAAUAAAUCCAGAGCCGUCAAAGUUGUCGGACUUGGACGGGGAAACUAGAGGCCUAGUUGAGAAGAUGAUGUACGACCAGAGGCAAAAGGAGAUGGGACUGCCGACGAGCGAUGAACAAAAGAAACAAGACGUGCUUAAGAAGUUCAUGGAGCAACACCCAGAAAUGGAUUUCUCUAAAUGCAAAUUUAAUUAAAUAUACAAUUGCGUCUAAUAAAUUGUCUUGAAGGAACUAUUAGAACUUUGUAAUUCUAAGAACUCUUGAUGUAUCGUCAUAAACGAUUGAUGUACUUUACGUUCCAACGUUUUAUAUGUACCAAUCUGUAGUCUGGCAAUCAUGUUGUCUGAACAAUAUGUAAUUAAAUAAGCUUAAAGCAAAAGGCCAGUGGGCAAACCUUCAUUUUUAAUUUGCCGACCUUAUUAAUUUUUGGGCUCUCACUAGUCAUUAUUGAUCCGUGUCUAAUAAAAAACAUUGAAAGCGGUUUUGCCAGAUUAUAGUAAAAUAACUGAUAGUAUUCAGUAAAUAUAAAUAUUAAAAUGA